CGCGCGUGAUCACGUGACCGACGACCAAUCACAGAGCGUAUCGCCAACGUCGCCGUCGCGCGCUAUCGAUCGCACGUACAACAGCGUACGAACAUCACGCACGUAAAACGACACCGUCCGGACCUGUUGCCUGUCACACAGUUCCUCAAUUCGCGUCGCUGCCCUACCUCCUUUGCCCCGUUCGUCCGUCAAGCGUACGCCUACCGUAGCGUGUCCGCAACCGUUCCGGUACAACGAAAACGCUCUCUAACCGGUGACCAUGGCCAAGUCCUCCAAGGCGUCCAAGUCCUCCAGCACCGCUGUCAAAGACCCUCGCGAAGAGUUGGUCGAGAUCGUCAGGCGCAAGUCGGAAGUCGCCGAAACUUUAGCUAAUCUUGAACGGCAAAUUUAUGCAUUUGAAGGAAGUUAUUUAGAUGACACUCAUUUAUGUGGUAACAUCAUACGAGGUUGGGAUCAAUACUUAACAACAGCUAAUAAGUCUGCCAACUCUAAGAAAGAUAGUCGUACCAGAAAAUUCAAAGAAGCUGAAAGGUUAUUUUCAAAAUCUUCCAUUACUUCUAUGGCUGCUGUUAGAGGUAUUGUGGAACCUGAUGAGAAAGUAAUAGUAAUCACUGAUUCCGAUUCACAAUCUGCCAGUGAAACUGAUAUUCGUGUUGUUAAAGAAAGAGAAAGAGUCAAAGGCCAUAAUAGACCAAUCAAUUCCAAACAUUUGUUGGCUUCUGCUAAGAAAACAUCAAGUACAAAAAAAAUUAGGAAUCGUUAAUCUUCAUUCAAUGAAUCAAUAAAAUUUUCAAAUAGAUCCGGUAACUUCAAUCAGAACAUGGACCGACUAAUCAUCUUAUCAUCAAAGUAUAUUACACAUUAUU